AUGCCCAUGAAAAGACCAAAAAUGCCACCACAAUUUGCUAUUAAAGUAGUAACACCAAACAUCACGGUACGUUUAAUAGCGGUAUUCCUAAAUUCACCCGAAAGUGUACCCUUAACAUCGGGAAACUAUAUUUUAGUACCACACGAUGAAGAAGUUUUAGUAUCGAUUAUACCACAAUAUGUUAUAUCUACAGAUAAUUUACAUGACUUUGGUCCCGAAAAGCGCCAGUGUUAUUUCAAUGAUGAACGUUAUUUGCGCUACUUCAAAUCGUAUUCCCAAAGUAAUUGUCAAACGGAGUGUUUGGCUAAUUAUACAAUAAAUAAAUGUGGCUGUGCUAAAUUUUGGAUGCCUAAACCCUUGGACACCCCGGUCUGUAGCCUGGCGCAAGUUGAUUGCUAUAGUCAUGCUGCUGAUGAAAUGAAUAUCAUAAUUGCCAAUCAAACUAAACAGAAACUUAUCAAUUCAAAUGUGAAAAUAAUGUGUGAUUGUAUGCCUUCGUGCAAUUCGUUGGAUUAUAAUUUUGAAAUAUCACGAGCCCAUUAUGAUUUUGAGAAAACAGUUAUUGCCCAAAGAGAUUCAUAUGAACACGAUGAUGGUCGUGCUUCACGUUUUUCAGUUUAUUUCAAAGAACCCCAAUUUACCGCUAUUAAACGUACCGUGAUGUUUGGUGUUACUACUUUAAUAGCAAAUUGUGGUGGCAUUUUUGGUCUUUUCAUGGGCAUUUCGAGUUUAAGUAUUAUUGAAUUUAUUUAUUUCUUUUCGGUACGUUUGUUUAACAAUUUAAGAAAGAGACAUUUUAUCAAGAAGAAAUUGAUGGAAACCGAUUUGGAAGAACUUUAAGAAAUAAACUUAAUGUUAUUGAUAUAUUUAACAAGUGAUAUGAUAUUUUAACUUUAGAAAAUAAAUUGAAUAUAGAUAAUGUAUUCAGAAGAUUGCACACAUUCGGUUAGCCCACAGUUUAAACUAAUUAAAAAACCAUUUGUUGUUGUUUUUUUUUAAUAACUUGUUUUAUCAAUAUAAUUAUUUACAAGGAUGGCAUUUUUUUGUUUAUUUUGUUACAUUCACAAAGUCUUUUUUCUUUCUUUUCUUUGUAAACAAUUUUCCAAAUCCUUAAACAAUUCAAAGGUUAAUAAUUUUUGUAGGUACUUAAUACAGUUUUGAAUGUUUCUUUACAUGAAUAUUUAUAUAUGUAAUUUAAGCAAAUUCGUUAAGAUUUUUAUUUGUCAAUAAUAAACAAUAUUAUUUAUAAUCAUAUAUAUAUAUAUUUCUUUUAUUUAAAAUAGUUAUUGUUAGAAAAUUAUUAUUGUAACUUGAUGAAUUUAAAUAACACUUAAGAUAUCAUGUUUUUUUAUUAAUGCAAAUUUAUAUUUUUCUAAAUAUGUAUUUAUGUAUGUAUGUAUGUAUGUAUAUGCAAAUAUGUAUGUAUUUAUGUCGUUAGUAGUUUUAUUUUAGAAUUUAAUAGAACUAAAUUAUCUGUAAUUAAAAAAUAAUAAAAAGUUUUAUGGAUUAUUAAACGAUAGGCGGAGAUUGAGCUUAGUCCACAGACUAGUCAAUAAACUAGUCCACGGGAUAGCUAAUGGACUAGUAUAUAGAUUAAUGAUGUAAUAAACAGCUAGGUAAAGAUUUUACUAUUUAAAAAACUAAUUCAUAGACUAGUCGAUAGAGUAGUCCACAGACUAGACAAUCGACUAGUAAUCAAAGGACUAGUUCGUAUACUUGUCAGUAGAAUAGUCCUUUGGAAUAGUCGAUAAACUAGUUCGAGUACUAGUUCAUUGACUAGCUAAUAGAUUAGUCUACAGACUAGCCAAUAGCCUAAUACACAGACCAGUCAAUAGACUUGUCCACAGACUAGUCAAUAGACUUGUCCACAAACUAGUCAAUAGACUU